AUGAAAUUAAUAAGUUUUGGCUACUUUUUACUAUCAUUAAAUCUAUGCACUAGUAUUCUAGCAGUGACGGUCGAUGGUAAUUUAUAUUUUAAUACACAAAAGCUACUGAAGCGACUAGAGACAGCCCAAGGAGAUAAUCAAAGUAUUGCACUUAUUGAAAUAUUGGCAAAAAUUAGAGACGGAGAAAAGGUUGAUUCGAAAGCUGUACCGGUGGUAGGCGUCAUUGAAUCCAUCGAAGAAAUCGUUGUACUCUCAACGCAACUCCAUGACUCCGGCAAUUUUCUUACUACAGUGAAAAACAGAACCAAUGAAUUGACAAAGUUGAACUUUUUGGUACAGUCCAAAAUUGCUAGUUUGUCGAGAAAAUCACAGUUUCUUUAUGGUUCUUCAUUAUCCAAGAUCACUUCUAGAUACCUGACCCACGAAAUGUACUCUAUGCAAAGGCUCAAGCACAAGUUAUACGCAGUCCCCCAAGAAACUGAAAAUCUUCAGGGAGAAAUUGACGAAUGCUUAAUUCGGUGUAAUAUUGCAUUACAGGCGACUUUCAAAUCUCUCGCCCUACUGCAAUCCAGAGAUAUCGUCACUAUAAACAUGAUAAUACAAAAAGCAUUCCAUAACAGUCGCAAAUCAGACCCGCAAGAUCUUGGUGACAGUUUAGCGGUAUCAAUAGCCGCUCAACGCGAUCCAGCUACCCUUGAGAGCGAUAUCAAGUAUUUAAGAGAAAACCUCGCCGUGAUCAUUAAAUCGGGCAUGUUCAUGUUCUUUUGCUUUGCAUUUCAAAUAUACAUCUGCUCGUUCACAUUCGGUGUCUUACUCACCGUCAGUUCCCUCAUCUGGAUAGCUAUCUUCUUACAAUUGAUCGACGUUCAAUAG